GAGACAGCGAGACAGCGCUCCGUCGGGGGUCGGUGAAGUAUCCAAGAUGGCUGGGCGCAAACUUGCUCUAAAAACCAUCGAUUGGGUAUCUUUUGUGGAGAUCAUGCCCCAAAACCAGAAGGCAAUUGGAAACGCUCUGAAGUCCUGGGAUGAGACCCUCCACACCAGGCUGGCUAGUCUGUCUGAGAAACCACCAGCGAUUGACUGGGCUUACUACAGGGCCAAUGUGGACAAGGCUGGCUUGGUGGAUGAUUUUGAAAAGAAGUAUAAUGCUCUGAAGAUCCCUGUGCCUGAGGAUAAAUACACAGCCCUAGUGGACGCCAAGGAGGAGGAGGAUGUGAAGAACUGUGCCCAGUUCGUGUCUGGAUCUCAGGCUAGGAUCCAGGAGUAUGAGAAGCAGCUGGAGAAAAUAAAGAGCAUGAUUCCCUUUGACCAGAUGACCAUUGAUGACUUGAAUGAGAUCUUCCCUGAAACCAAGCUGGACAAGAAGAAGUACCCAUACUGGCCCCACCAGCCCAUCGAGAACCUGUGAAGCAGCCCAGGAGGGAGCCCUGGCUGACUUGAAAUAAAACAUUUACAUAGUCUUAAAAAAAAA